CGUCAUUGGACGUCACUCACCGUUUCACUGUAAUUUUCACGUAAUGAUGCAAAGCCCAUAUAAUUAAAAAUACUAAGUGAUUUCUACAUAGAAGUGGUUUACAUAUUUAUUUGAAUAUUACGAUACAAUGCUACGAUUAUUCGCGCGGAAUAUGUGCUCGGCAGCACAGGUAAAAAGACCCCCAAUUCAAGUUUUUGGAGUAGAAGGGCGCUAUGUCACGGCGUUGUACAGCGCAGCCAGCCAAAAGGGUGAACUAGAAGAAGUGGAUAAGCAUUUGAGGAUCCUCGAAAAGGAGCUCUACAAGCCUAAGAUGAUAGAUUUUCUUGAAACUAGUGUGGUCUCGCGCGUUCAAAAAGCUAAAAUCCUGCAGGAGGCAGCUAAACAAGUUGGUAUGCCUGAGACCGCAGCUAACUUCCUAGGCUUGGUUGCCGAAAACGGACGACUAAAAAAACUAAAGCGCAUGAUAACAAUGUUUCUGACGGUCAUGGUCGCGCAUAAUAACAAGGCCCUCUGUGAGGUCAUCACCGCCUCGCCUCUCGAUGAUGGAGCCCGUCAGUCCCUCAUGGACGCCCUUAAGAAGUUCGUCAAGGGAGACAAGAAGAUUGAGCUCACGGAGAAGGUGGAUCCCUCGAUAAUAGGAGGGAUGAUAGUGGGUGUGGAAGACAAGCACAUCGAUAUGAGCAUUUCUAGGAAAAUUCAGAUGUAUACCGAUAUACUGAAGCAAUCUGUUUAACUUUUGUUUCUACGCCUGCCAAUACAAUCAAGUACGUAGUACGUACUUAAAUAGUUCUUUACUUAAACUUUUCGUCAUUAUUAUUAUUUCUAAGUACCUACAAAUGGAAUUUUGCUGCAAUUCUCGUUUGACUUGAAAUUAAAUGGAAAAGUGUGUUGUCAGUAGUUAGGCGCCUAAAUUUGUUCCCAUCUGUCUUGUAAAGUGGUGUGUGUUACUGUCUACAUUUGUGUGCGGAUGUAGAAAUAAAUUGGGUAUUUUUAUAAUAAUAUAGAUUGUUAUUGUCAUUGAUUAAAACAUACUCGUAAUGC